AUGGCUGGUUUGGCAGUUCCUGCCUCGGAGUUCCGGGCGCGGAAGCAGCAGAUCCUCGCCUCGCUGGACCGCAGCCCCAAGGGCUCGCUGGAUGCUCCAAUCGUCGACUUUUUGGAGUGGCUGAACCAGCAGGAAUCAGUGGUCACCACCUCCUCCUGCAGCGGCCGCAUCGCCAUUUUCCACGGCUCUGGGGAUUCGGCUAAUUCCAAAGGUGGCAAGUGGCUUUUGGCCAGCCACACCAAAGUGGAGAACCCCGCGGAGGUUUGGGCGCAGCUGCAAUCGCUAGGAGAUGCGGAUGCUGAGGGCACGCUGACCACGCUGCUCCUGGAGCCCUUCGUGCUGCAUGCGGAGUGCGCAGACGCCUCCACGGCCCAGCGCAUGCUGGGCGCCGCACGGGAGGCUGGCUUCCGCGAGAGCGGCAUCAGCUUGGGCCGGAAGCGGGUGAUGCUGCAAGUCCGCACCUUGGCGAUGCGUUUGGAGGUGCCCUUGGCCAUGGAUGGCCGGGUCUUGGUGGAGGAGGCCUACUUCAAGGUGCUCCUUGACAUUGCCAACGCUCGCCUGGACGAGAACUUGGCACGCGUCGCGCGGCUUUGGCAGAACUUCCGCGAGGAUGCUACGAGCAGCUCCAGUGACCCGGCAGCGCCUUGGGUGCUGCAUGCUCCGCAAAGCUCGGCGCGGGCGGUGAAGCUGGCGCUGGAGGCGCGGAACUGGAUGGAUCCGGGCCGCAAGAUGCAGAGCAUCACCAGCGACACCAUAGGCCUUCCGCUGACGCUGGAGGCUGCAGAGACCUUGCAGGCGGGCCGGCGGAUGGGAUGCUUCGUGCGGAAGGGCAGAUUUGGUUCGAAGCGGCGGAAGCUCCACGAGCCCGAGCCCGAGCUCGCGAUCGAAGCGCCUCCCCGCGUCACAGCGGCCAUUACGCUGCGGGGGAGCGUCAUCACGGAGGCCAUCCUCCAUGGCUUCAAGGAUGUGGAGAACAGGUCGGUACGACUUCCCGCUGGUUGGAUUGCGUUGCACACAGGGAAGGGCAAAUGUGACGAGCUCUUGGAUCAGAUCAUGAGGCGCCUGGCGCCCGGGCUGCCUUCAGAUGCGCAGUGCCCCAAGGGCUGCGUGGUGGGCGCGGCUUGGGUGAAGAGAUCUGUCACCUUGCAGGAGCUUCGCGAGCACUUCGGCUGCAAUGAGGAAUGCAACGGUCCAGCGACUGGAGACCUGCGGCAUGUGCCUCACUGCAAGUUCAGUCCACAUGCCGGCGGCCCCAUCUGCAAUCUUCUGAGCGCCUCGCUGCGGCUGCCGACGCCGGUGUUUUGCAACGGCGGCCUGGGCUGCUGGCGACUGCCGGACCAGGUGCGGCAGGAGGUGCAGAAGCAGCUGGACGACGUCCCGGUGUGUCACUUCCCUGGCGUGAGGCCGCAGGCCUGGCCACUUUCCUGGGCCCCCACACUGAGCCGCGCCGACGUGCGGUGGCACCGCGAUAUGCGGCCGGAGAAGCGGACAUCGGCUCCAGCCGUGCGGGCAGAGGCGUCUUUGCAUCGCUUCUUCAAGCUCGCAGGCGCCACCGAGCCUGCCGGCGCGGCUGUCGACAGCCGCGCGGACUUUGAUGGCGGGCAGGACGCGUCCGCGCCCAGCUCUGGACACCGAGGAGGAUCUGUGCCGAUCAUUGACCUGGAGCUUGACUCUGACGCGGAGGAAAAGGGCACCGCUGCCACUGCCAUGCCCUGCCCGCACCUGGCGGUUGCUAUCCCGGCGGCAUGGACGCUUCACGGAGUUAAGGCGCUUGUCAAGGAUGAGGCGGAGGAGCUUCAGCCGGCCGAGGUGACAGUCGCCGAGCCAGCUACAGACAAGCUGCCCAAGAAGCUGCGGCCCCCCACGCAGCCUGCAGAUCUGGAGGACCUUUGGCGCCGCGGCGUGCUGCGGCUGAGCCGGGACACGCUGCCAACAAAGGGCGCAGUGCCAUCGGCAGCGGGCAAGGAGAAGGCGAAGCUGGAAGAGGUGCUGCAGAAGUAUUUGGAAGACCUCGGGCAAGCUCCUGCCGGCGAUACCGCCGCCUUGCUUCGGGAGGUGCGAGAGCUGAGUGUCCAGUGGCGCGCGGACGUGGCGCUUCUGCCGCGGGGAGCUCUCACAGGCGCCGACUGGCAGAACCUCGCCGAGGCUUCCGGUGAAAGCCUGUGGGAGCGCUUGCGUGUGGCCCUGGGCGCGCGCCUCUUGGGCAGGCAGCAGGAGAUCCGCGUGGAUGACGAAGUCCGCGGAGGAAACGUGCAGAUCCUCGCGGGCAGCGGCAGCGGCUGGGUGCUGGUGCCUGGGCCCAAGGGCGUGCGCUACGCCUUCGACAUCACCAAGUGCAUGUUCUCGGAGGGCAACGCUGGGGAGAAGGAACGUGUGGCCACCUGGCCCGUGAAGGGCGAGACCAUUCUCGACCUCUACGCAGGCAUCGGCUUUUGGACGUUACCGUUGCUGGCGGCGGGAGCUGCGCAGGUCUUCUCCUGCGAGUGGAACCCCAAUGCGCUGGAAGGCCUUCGGGAGGGCUUGCGCCUGCUGGGCCGCCGUGAGGCCUGUGAGGUGCUGGCUGGGGACAACCGCCGAGACGAGGUGCUGGAAAAGGUCCGCGACAAGUGCCACCGA